UAUUGUGUCAUCUUUACAGAAACAGAGAGGCGGAUUCGCGCCAACAAUCGCGAAUACAACUCACAGUUUAAUUAUGCGAAUAAUUACAUCAAGACGUCCAAGUAUUCGGUUCUGACGUUCCUACCAUUGAAUUUGUUCGAGCAGUUUCAGCGGCUCGCUAACUUUUACUUCCUAUGUCUGUUGGUGCUUCAGAUGAUCCCCGCCAUAUCCUCUUUAACCCCUAUCACCACAGCCAUACCGCUUAUAGGGGUACUCACGCUCACUGCCGUCAAAGAUGCCUACGACGACUUUCAACGGCAUAGCAACGAUUCUCAAGUAAAUAAUAGGAAAUCCCGAACAUUGCGGGGAACUAAUCUUCGUGAGGAGAAAUGGUCGCAAGUUCAAGUGGGCGAUGUAAUCAGAAUGGAGAAUGAUCAGUUUGUUGCAGCAGACGUUUUGCUCUUGUCAACAAGCGAGCCGAACGGUCUCUGUUAUAUCGAAACAGCUGAAUUGGACGGGGAGACGAAUUUGAAGAGCCGUCAUUGCUUGCCCGAAACUGCCGAGAUGAUGGAUAAUCAUGAAUUGAUCGGCCAAUUCGAUGGAGAAAUCGUUUGCGAAACCCCGAAUAAUUUGUUGAAUAAAUUCGAUGGAACACUCACAUGGAGAGGACAAAAAUACGCAUUGGAUAACGACAAGAUUAUUUUACGAGGCUGUGUUCUCAGGAACACGCAGUGGUGCUAUGGCAUGGUGAUCUUUGCAGGCAAGGAUACCAAACUGAUGCAAAACUCAGGGAAGACCAAAUUUAAGAGGACCUCUAUAGAUAGGCUGCUGAAUCUUCUCAUCAUCGGGAUAGUGUUUUUUUUACUUUCCUUAUGUCUGUUCUGCAUGGUCGGCUGUGGUAUUUGGGAAAGUUUGGUAGGUCGUUAUUUCCAAACGUAUCUACCAUGGGACUCGUUAGUGCCGAGCGAGCCCAUAACCGGUGCCACAGUGAUCGCUCUACUCGUGUUCUUUUCGUACUCUAUUGUACUGAACACAGUGGUGCCAAUCAGUUUGUAUGUGAGUGUUGAAGUUAUUCGAUUUGUUCAGUCGUUUUUGAUAAAUUGGGAUGAAGAAAUGUACUACGCGCCCACAAAAACGCACGCUAAAGCUAGGACUACCACGUUAAACGAAGAGCUCGGCCAAAUAGAAUAUAUAUUCUCUGAUAAAACCGGGACAUUGACGCAGAACAUAAUGACUUUCAACAAGUGUUCUGUGGCAGGAAAAUGUUACGGUGACAUCAUCGAUGAGGUUACUGGCGAGGUCAUCGAUUUGAGCGAGACGGACAGAGCUGUUCCAACGCCGACGAUGCGAUGGAAGAACGGACAGGAAUUUGUACGUCCAGUUUAUACACCUUUAAGUGGUCCGAACGUACGUCUUCUGGAACAAGCAGACAGAGUAUCCAAUACAACACCGGAACCCGGUAUCAACGGCAACCCAAAGAUUCCACACAAGUCUUCAACAAUGCCACCUUUGGAUUUCUCAUUUAACAAGGAUUACGAACCAGACUUCAAGUUCUACGAUCCUGCCCUGCUUGAAGCCGUGAAACGAGGGAAUCAGGAUGUCCACAGUUUUUUCAGAUUGCUGGCACUCUGUCACACUGUUAUGCCGGAAGAUAAACAUGGCAAGAUUGAAUACCAAGCACAGUCGCCCGAUGAGGCUGCCCUCGUAUCCGCCGCUAGAAAUUUUGGCUUUGUCUUCAAGGAAAGAUCGCCCAACAGUAUAACGAUCGAAGUAAUGGGAAAAAAAGAGAUAUACGAAUUACUCUGCAUUCUGGAUUUUAAUAACGUACGAAAGAGAAUGUCCGUAAUUUUGAGAAAAGACGGGCAUCUUCGAUUGUAUUGCAAAGGAGCGGAUAAUGUUAUUUACGAGCGAUUGAAAAAAGGUAGCGAAGAAAUAAUGGCGAAAACAUUGGAUCAUCUGAAUAAGUUUGCAGGCGAAGGUUUAAGAACAUUGUGCCUUUCCGUGAGGGACUUGGACGAAAGCUUUUUCAAUAAUUGGAAACAACGUCAUCAAGAAGCGGCAUUAAGCCAAGAACAUAGAGACGACAAGCUGGACGCGAUUUAUGAAGAGAUAGAAAAAGAUAUGUCAUUAUUGGGUGCUACUGCCAUCGAAGAUAAAUUGCAAGAUGGUGUGCCUCAGACCAUUGCCAAUCUGGGUCUCGCUGGUAUCAAGCUUUGGGUAUUAACUGGUGACAAGCAAGAGACAGCUAUCAACAUCGGAUACUCGUGUCAGUUGCUGACGGACGAUCUCACGGAUGUCUUCGUGAUAGAUGCUACCACUUAUGACGGCGUGGAGACACAAUUGACGCGAUGUUUGGAUACCAUUAAGACAGCCUCGACUCAACAAAAACGGCCGACUCUUUCCAUCGUCACAUUCAGCAGUGAUACAGAAUAUAAUCCUAGUAGAGAUGAACAGGAUGAACAUGAAAUGGAGCAUUCAACAGGAUUUGCAGUGGUUAUCAAUGGACAUUCUUUAGUUCACGCGUUGCAUCCACAGCUGGAACAGCUUUUUCUAGAAAUGUCUAGUCAAUGUAAAGCUGUAAUAUGUUGUCGGGUGACACCACUGCAGAAAGCGAUGGUCGUUGAAUUGAUUAAGAAAAAUAAAUCCGCGGUGACUUUGGCAAUUGGUGAUGGCGCCAAUGACGUUUCGAUGAUAAAAACGGCUCAUAUUGGCGUUGGUAUCAGCGGGCAGGAAGGAUUGCAGGCCGUGUUGGCCUCGGACUAUUCGAUAGGGCAAUUUAGAUUCUUAGAAAGAUUACUUUUGGUCCAUGGCAGGUGGUCAUACUACAGAAUGAGUAAAUUCCUUAGAUAUUUUUUUUAUAAGAACUUUGCAUUCACUCUCUGUCACAUUUGGUUUGCCUUCUUCUGUGGAUUCAGUGCACAGACUGUGUUUGAUCCUAUGUACAUCUCUGUCUACAAUCUAUUUUAUACUUCGUUACCGGUUUUGGCAGUUGGCAUUUUUGAUCAAGAUGUUAAUGACAAGAAUAGUCUAAUGUAUCCAAAAUUAUACGCACCAGGAUUGCAGAACUUGCUCUUCAACAAGAAGGAAUUUUGUUGGAGCGCUCUGCAUGGAUUUUAUGCAAGUUGUGUAUUAUUUUUAGUACCUUAUGGAACAUACAAAGAUGGAGUGUCACCAAAGGGUUAUGUACUUUCUGAUCACAUGUUGCUGGGCAGUGUAGUAGCUACUAUAUUAGUUAUAGUUGUAACCGUUCAAAUAGCCCUCGACACGUCGUACUGGACAGUUUUUAACCACAUUAUGGUGUGGGGUUCGCUCAUUUGGUAUUUUAUUUUAGAUUACUUCUACAACUUUGUCAUAGGUGGUAGUUAUGUGGGCAGCCUUACCAUGGCUAUGUCGGAGGCGACCUUUUGGUUUACAACGGUGAUAUCUUGUAUAAUCCUCGUUAUACCGGUACUUUCGUGGCGAUUCUUCUUUAUGGAUGUCAGGCCGACAUUGUCCGACAGAGUCAGACUGAAACAGAGGCUGGCACAAUUGCGUUCCCGUCAAAGUCAGGAUAUAUUGCGUACACCGUCUACGAGACGUACACGACGAUCUCUACGGUCGGGCUACGCUUUCGCUCACCAAGAAGGUUUCGGCAGACUUAUCACGUCCGGGAAAAUUAUGCGCAAAUUGCCAAAUGGUGCUGAUUUUAAGUUUUCUAUGCCUUUUACGAACAAUGUUACAAAACAAGUUAAUGUUGCCACAACAUCACCAAAGGACAAUAGUGCAUCUAGAAAUUCGCACACAUUGGACACUAUUAAUUUAUAAUAACUCAAGAAUAUCAGUUAGAACUUAACAAGAUACUAAAGUGCAGGUGAUUCUAGUGAAUUUUUCUUAAUUUAUUUAGUUAUGAAUGUGUGUUAAGUCAAAAUUUUUAACGCGUCGGAUUUAUUGAUUUCGGUGUAUCCCAUUGAAAUCGUAUUCCUAUUUUCUUUUUUUUGUAUUAAUUGAGAGGCGUAAGUGAUAUAUUGUGUGCAGUAUUCGCGAGGAUCUCGUAAAGAAUCGAUGUCUGUGAUUAUAUUACAUUUAAAUAUUUAUUUUGAAGAACAUUUUUGAACAAUUAGAAUCACUAUUAUGAUCUAUAAAGGAUACUUAUAAACGAUAAGUGACAACAUUAAAAUAAAUGUGUCUAUAAUACAAAGAAUUCCAAUGGGAUACAUUGAAUUACACUACAAUAGAAGUAGCAUAUGCUAUUUAUGUCUAUACAUCACAUUAAGCAUUAAGCAAACCUGUUAUAAUUAUGACUUAAAUAUUAUAUUUUCACGUGUUCAAUAAUUUUUUAAUUAUAUCUGUGCACUUUUGCCAAGUAAAUGCAUGAAAUAUGCAUACUUGAUUUAAGAUUUUGGUGUUGCAAUUGUUUUCAUUAUGUAUGUAAAUGAUAAUUUUAUAAUCAUAUAUACACUGUAUGGAAAAAAUAGCUUAUGCUACAUUAUAAUAUGUUUGUAAUUGUUAUUAUAAAAUUUCGUAUUUGUUGGAAAACAAUCGUGAAUAUCUCAGCAUAUUAUAGAUAAAAUCUUUGAUUUCUUUUUUUAACAAAUGUUAUGAUAAUUGUAUGUGUUUAGAUUCUCUUCGUAUGUUGAUAUAGAACAACAUUGAAGUAAGUAUUAAUAGAAAAUGUUGAAAAAUGUUUUUUAUUUAAUAUAAAAUUAAUUUUUAACCAUAUAAUAAUUGGAUAAAUGAAUUUAUUAUGGUUAUUUUUUUUAUUCACGCAUAUAUUAUGGGUGAACUAUUAAUUUAUUAUUAAAAUAAUAUUAAGAUAAUUCUUUUGCACAAUAUAUACAAAGCAUUUCUCUCAUUGAAAGUUCUAAACAAUUGGAAGAAUACAUUUUCUGUAUAUAGUACUGUUUAUAAUUUUUGAUCCAUUUUAUUGAAAAUUGUAGCAUAAAAAUUAAUGUAAUAAUGGUGAAAAGAAUAAUUUGCAUUGCCAUGCACUCCUCAUGUAUAUAACAGAAAUGUCACAUGGAGAGGUGUCAAAAUCUUGUAAAAAAUAUCUUAUCUCUCUUGUAUUAUAUUAUUCUAGUAUGAACAUAGUUGUAAAAACAGAAGAUGUUUACACGAUAUAUUACGAUAAGAAUAGUAGUUAUAUUAAUAAUUGCCUUUAUAAGAUAUAAAUACAACAAAUGAUUUAAAAUAUUGUAUCAUAGCAUUGAAUGUAAAUAUUUUAAAGAGAUAUAUAUUAUAUAUUAAAUGUUAAGUAUACAUUUUUUAAAAGAAAGUAAUAUAUAGAUAUAUAUAUAUAGAUCGAUUUAAAGGAAAUAUGAAGAUAGUAGCUAUAUUGUAUUACAUUAUCGCGGAUAAAAAGUUUGCCUUGGACUGACUACUGAAUAUAUAUAAUAUUAAAGUGAAAAAGAAGCAGUAGUAAAACAAUGGAGAGUAUGUAUUUCUACUUUUAAUAUUACAAUAAAGUUUAGGGAGAAAUAGUCUGUAUGGGAAAAAUAUUCCACAAUCAAAAGAUCUUUCUCAAAUAGAGAACCUUAAAAUUUUGGUUGCUUUGAAAUAUUGUGCCUAAUCGUCAAACUAUACAGAGCGUCUCAAACUCACUUAAAAUUUCGUUAGUUUAUGUUUAUGUGAGAUGUACUUUUCGUUUUCUAUGUGAAUAACAAACAAAUGUGAAAUAAGUAUGUGGAUUACUUUAAAUUAUUAGUUUCACAGAUGUAGGCAUUCGUUAGUUUUUGCAAUAAUCUCUUUUGUAUCAUAAAAUAUAUGCUCAUCCAAAGUUUGCAAUACAAAAAUGAAUUCUCUCUUAUAAGCUUCUGAAGUUUUUCUUUCGCUUAUCAUAAAACAUCAAAUUUUAACAUGUUGCAGUCUUAAAGAAAAUAAAUUACUGUUGAGGGAUCCAUGAAAUGGUAGUAUAAUAUUCAUUCUCAAUUUGAAUGAUAAUUGAUGAGUUUUAUAUGCCAUAUCCCAUUAUAUAUUACUUAUUACAAAAAAAAAUUGUUUUAAAUUUGUUUGAAAAUUUUUUUGAGAAUGGAAUUUUGUUUUUAAAAUGAAGUUUACAAAUAAUAAAAGCAUUACCUUAUUAUUUGCGCAAAUAACUUUUGCAUGUGGUAAAGAUAAAAUACCAAGAAUCAUAUAAAUGGACUGAAAGAAUAUAUUUAAAAACUAAAAACGACGCUAGAAUUGUAUAAUAAAUUUCAUCAAAUCAAAUAUUGAAACAUAUACAUCAUACUGUCAUGAUAAUUUCUCAUUAUUGAAAUAUAAACAUGUUCGCUCUUCAUAUAUGGGAAAAGUAAGCUUAUAUAAAUUAUAUAUAAGCAAAACAUAAUAACUCACAUUUUUUAGAAAAAUUGAUUUAUACAUUUAUUUUCAUUAUUUUUUAUAUUAUUCAUAAUAAUCUUUUAAUUAUCACUUUAUACAAGAUUGUUAACAUGCAUGAUGUACAUAUACAUCAUGAGCUUGUCAAUUACAAGUAAAAUCCUUAUCUGCAAAAUUAAAUAUCGAAAUUCUGAAAAGAUGUAUUUUGUAACAUGUAUGCUGUACAGAUUUAUUUUAGAUAUGUUAUAAUUAUAUAAAUAAUUUACUCUUUUUUUUAUUUUUGAACUACAUAGUCUAAAAGCUUUCUAUUAACGUCUGAAUUAAUAUUUUGAUUAAUAUUGCAUAGAAAAAUUAUACAGAUAUUUGGAAAUUUUGGUAAUUAAUCUUGAUGUGCUUGCUUAAUAUAAAAUGUAUAAGAGUAAUAUGUAAUCAUAAAAUAUUGUUGAUUGCAUAAGAAGUGUUACAAUGUGUAUGUUACAAGUCAAAUGCUGAAUCAAAUUUAAAAGCAGAGUGUGUCUGUCUGCUGCAUGUGCUCUAUACUCAUUAUGUAUUAGAUAUUAAUUGGUAGAUAUAGAAUUCAAAAAAACAUACAAAUUCACUUCAGCUUUAACUUUCCUAUAGCAGUUUGUGCGUACUUUUCGCAAACAUUUUGUUUUUUUUGUUUCCACAUAUACAGGUUUUUUUAUGGAAUAAUAUACAAUGCAAUAAUGUGAAAAAUCAAAUAGAGUAUAAAUAUGCACAUAUAUUAUAUAUGUGAAUUGCUAAGUAGUAGAAUUUCUUUAUUUGAAUAUUUUUUGCUUGAAAUAAAUCAUUAUUUUGUCAGUAAUUUAAUUUUUUGGUACUGUGUCUAGUAUUUUUUUGUUAAUAUGUCUUUACUUUUAAUACAGAGAUUCACGCUACUAAUAUUCAUAUUGAUAUUUAUAAAAACUAAUAUUUUGUUUCCUCCCGACUGUUUAAACAUUAGGAUUAACAAAUUUCAUAAUAGAGCUAUGCAGAGACGUGCAGCUUACGCAAAUCAAUAUUAAUAUUUAGGAUAUACCUUGUACAUGUUAAUAAAGUUUAAUACAAU